AUGACGAUCAAUAAAGCAAGUGCCCAACUUAGACAGCGCCAAGAUGGGCAGGACCCUUCUAACGUUGCAAGCCUACAACCUGAAGAGGAAAAAGCUACUUUACAGCAUCCACCGAGCACAGUAAGAACAGAGAACUUAUAUCAGACCACAACCAAAAUAGUUCACGGAUUCAUGGAUAGCAAAUCAAAUCCUAAGAAUUCAGCAGGAGCUCUGUCAUUACCGGCGACGAUGGUGAUGGUGUUUGUGUUUUAUGUGAAUCACGCCAUUCUUCUGGCGCUAUUUUUUUUUAUAUCCAUUUACAAGAAUUUACAGUGCACUUAUAGAAGAAUCGUGUUGAAGUUUUUGACAUUGGCGUAUUAUCCGAACAAAUCUCCGCAAUUGAUUAGAGAAGAUGUCAACAAGUUGACAAAGAUACCACGGAGAGUGUCUUGCAUUUUGGAUUUAAAGGAUGAUGAUGAAGAAAAUGGCGGCGUUGAUGGCCUUAUCAGUAACAUAAGUGAGCUUGCAGCGUGGUCAUUAGGUGCUGGGAUCCCUAACUUGGGCGUAUACGAGUAUACUGGAAUCGUAGGCCGGCACUUACCAGAAUUGAUCCGCUAUAUCAAAAAGAACUUAUCCGUGUAUUUUGGAACAGAUUCUGUACCGAUUUUCUCAAUAAGGGUUCCGCAUUCAAAUUCGAUCAUUUACAGCACGAAUCCUUCUAAUGAUGUAAACAUUGUUAAGCCCGAGAAUGUUGACUUAGAGAUAUCGCUUCUCUCUAGAAUUGAUGGAAAGCCAACUAUAGUUGAAUUGACCAAGAUAAUGUGCGAGCUUGCGGUUUCUAAGGAGUUGUCUGUGAAAGACAUAACUGUGAACUUAGUCAAUGAUGAGCUAACUGAGUUAGUGGGCCCUGAACCAGAUCUCUUGAUCUACUUUGGCCCAUCUUUAGAUCUUCAGGACUACCCACCAUGGCAAAUCAGAUUGACUGAGAUAUAUUGGGAGCCCGAAAACAGAGAUGUCAACUAUGCUGUCUUUGUAAGAGCCCUACAAAAAUUUUCUAAUUGCAAGGUUAAUGUCGGAAAGUAA